AUGGAGCUGGGGCUUCUGCACCGGAAGCUGUGUCUCAAUAGGGCCACAAGACCAGGUUCCAUCAUCCUGAGACCUAGCUGUGCUACUGGAUGGUUUUACUACAAGUCCUGUUGCUAGGGAUACUUCCAGAAGCUGAAGAACUGGUCUGAUGCUAAGUUAAGAAAUCUGGCCCUUGCUUGGAGAGGCUUCUCUAAAGCAAGGGGCCACCUAAAGCUCCAGGUAUCAUUCAACUCAGAGCCAAGGGUCCUUCCUUGGCAUCCUGAGAUAACCUGGCUGGUGCAAUGGAGAGUAGAGGGUUAUGCGCUCAACUCCUUGAAUCGUGUAAGCAUUGAUGGAGCAUGUGCUAUAGCCCAGACCCUGGAUGGGCUGCAAAGACAUGAGGAUGAGCAAGGAACACUCGAGUGUCAGUCGUAUGGAAACGGAGCCCACCUGGCAUCUAUCCUGAAUUUAAAGGAAGCCAACACCAUAGCAAUGUACAUAGGUGGCUGUCAAAGAAACAAGCCCAUAUGGAUCUGCCUGCAUGUCCUGCAGAAGGGGCAACAGUGGACGUGGCUCGAUGGGGCCACGUAUAUUUACAGAGCUCUGUCUGGCAAGUCCGUGGGUGGGAACAAGUACUAUGCUGAGAUGAACGCCAUGAACAAACACACCUAUGAAACCAACACCCAGACCAAGAAACAAAGCAUGACCAGCACCCUAGAAGCUGCCCUUGCACUCUACGUCGUGGUCCGAACGUGGGUUGGAAAAGAGUUUCCAGACACAAUGCGGAAUGUCAAGAAGACAAUUUAUUAG